UUGUUCUCUUAUGUUUCCAUAUGCAGGUGUAAAUUCAGUUUCUCAAUAUGGAGGAGAGAGAGAGCAGUGAGAGAUCUUCAUCUCCUGAUCUCAGCUGUGUGUCUCUGAAGAGUAACAGAUCCAUGAAUAAGCCUCCUUUAUUUAGUAAUGAUCCAAUGACCUCUGACCCCAGGAUCUCAUGGAGAUUGAGAGUUUCAUCUACUGAUCUCAGCUGUGUGUCUCUGAAGAGUGACAGAUCCAUGAAUAAGCCUCCUUUAUUUAGUAAUGAUCCAGUGACCUCUGACCCCAGGAUCUCAUGGAGAUUGAGAGUUUCAUCUACUGAUCUCAGCUGUGUGUCUCUGAAGAGUGACAGAUCCAUGAAUAAGCCUCCUUUAUUUAGUAAUGAUCCAGUGACCUCUGACCCCAGGAUCCUCAGGAGGAUGAACAGGAAGAGAUCUUUAUCUCCUGAUCACAGCUGUGUGUCUCUGAAGAGUGACAGAUUCAUGCUUGGUUCUCUUAAUUUCAGUAAAGGUCUGGUGACCUCUGACCCCAGCAGAGCAGAUCGAGACAGAAGCAUCUCUCGAGGAGCCACAUCGGUCUUCUGUCUGAAUAAACAUGUGAAUUAUGAACUACAGAGAGUAAAAGUAAAAGACCAGCUCAAAGCCAGCAUGAAGAACAAGUAUGAGAGAUUAUUUGAGGGUCUGAAGCUCCAGGAGAAUGAAAGCCUCCUGAACAGCAUCUACACACAGCUCUACAUCAUAGAGGGAGAGAGAGAAGGAGUGAAUGAAGAACAUGAGGUUUUACAGAUGGAGAAAACAGCCAGAACACAACACUCACAAGACACUCCAAUCCACUGCAAUGACAUCUUUAAAGCCUCAGCUGAAGCAGGAUGUGAGGAGAAAGAGCAGAUCAAGACUGUUCUUACUAAAGGCAUCGCUGGAAUCGGAAAAACCGUCUCUGUGCAGAAGUUCAUUCUGGACUGGGCCGAGGGAAAAGCCAAUCAGGAUGUAGAUUUCAUGUUUGUGCUUCCAUUUCGAGAGCUGAACUUGAUUCGAGAUCAUCAGUACAGUCUUCACAGACUUCUGCUGGACUUUCAUCCUGAACUUCGAGAUCUGGACUCACAGAUUUAUGAGGAGUGUAAAGUUGUGUUCAUCUUUGAUGGUCUGGAUGAAAGCAGAAUCACACUGAUGUUUUCAGACGCUCAGAAAGUUUGUGAUGUGACUGAGACUUCAUCAGUGGCUGUGUUGAUGUCAAGCCUCAUGAAAGGAGAGCUGCUUCCCUCUGCUCAAAUCUGGAUCACCUCCAGACCAGCAGCAGCCAAUCAGAUCCCCUCCAAAUACAUCCACCGUCUGACAGAAAUUCAGGGAUUCAAUGAGCCUCAGAAGGAGGAAUAUUUCAGGAAGAGAAUCAGUGAUGAGCAUCAAGCCAGCAGAAUCAUCUCACACAUCAGAAGAGCAAGAAGCCUCCACAUCAUGUGCCACAUCCCCGUCUUCUGCUGGAUCUCUUCCACUGUGCUUCAGAAGCUCCUGGAAGAAGAUCUGAGAGCAGAAAUCCCUCAAACUCUGACUGAAAUGUACAUCCACUUCCUGCUGAUUCAGAUCAACACGAGGAAGCAGAAGUAUGAAGAGAGAGAUCCAGAGAAACUCCUGCAGUCCAACAGAGAAGUGAUUGUGAAACUUGCUGAAGUGGCUUUCAAACAGCUGAUGGAGGGCAAUGUGAUGUUCUAUGAGGAGGACCUGAUUGAGAGCGGUAUAGACGUCACUGACGCCUCAGUGUAUUCUGGGAUUUGCACUGAGAUCUUUAAGCAGGAAUCUGUGAUUCAUCAGAGGAAAGUCUACAGCUUCAUCCAUCUGAGCGUUCAUGAGUUUCUCGCUGCUUUCUAUCUGUUUUUCUGCUUUUUAACAAAGAACAAGAAGCCACUGGAGAUUUUUCUGCAUGAAUUCAGAUUUAAAGUUUCUCUGUAUAAUCUACUAGGAUCAGCAGUAUAUAAAGCACUCCAGAGUAAGAAUGGGCAGCUGGAUCUGUUCCUGCGGUUCCUGCUGGGCGUCUCACUGGAGUCCAAUCAGAGACUCUUACAGGAUCUACUGACACACACAGAGAACAGCUCAGAGAGCAUCAGAGAAACCACACGGUACAUUAAACAGAAGAUCAAAGAUCCAAAUGAUUAUAAUCGUCUCUCAGCUGGUCAAUCCAUCAGUCUGUUCCUCUGUCUGCUGGAAGUGAAAGAUCAGACUCUGUCCAGAGAAAUUCAGGAGUUUGUGAAAUCAGACAAACACUCAGAGAAACUCUCUGCUGCUCAGUGCUCAACAAUCUCCUACAUGCUUCAGAUGUCAGAGGAGCCGCUGGAUGAGCUGAACACCAUGAAAUACAAUACAUCAGAUGAGGGGAGAAAAAGACUGAUACCAGCUGUGAUCAACUGCAGAAAAGCUCUAUUUUCUGGCUGUGAUCUCUCAGAUCAGGAUUGUGAAACUGUAUCUACAGCUCUACAAUCCUCAAACUGUGUCCUGAGAGAGCUGGAUCUGAGGAACAAUGACCUGCAGGACGCUGGUUUCAAGUUUAUUUCUGAUGGACUGAAGAGUCCACACUGUCAGCUGCAGAUACUGAGUCUUGCUGGCUGUAAUCUCACUGCUCAGUGUUGUGAGAGAUUGUCAUCAGCUCUACAAUCAUCAUACUCUGUCCUGAGAGAGCUGGAUCUGAGUAACAAUGACCUGCAGGACUCUGGUGUAAAGUUUAUUUCUGAUGGACUGAAGAGUCCAAACUGUCAGCUGCAGAUACUGAGGUUGUCUGGCUGUAUGGUGACAGAGGAAGGCUGUGGUUAUUUGUCUUUAGCUCUGAGUUCAAACCCUUCACACCUGAGAGAGCUGGAUCUGAGCUACAAUCACCCAGGACAAUCAGGAGUCCAGCUACUCAACCACAAACUGGAUGAUCCUAACUAUAAAAUGCAGAUACUCAAUGUGGCUCAUGGAGGAGAGAUCAUGAUGAAAGCAGGACUACGAAAGUAUGCCUGUGAUCUCACACUGGAUCCAAACACAGCCAACACUCAACUCAUGCUGUCUCAUGCGAACAGGAAGAUCACAGGUGUGGAAAAUCGCCAGUCAUAUCCUGACCAUCCAGAGAGAUUUGAUAAGGAUCCUCAGGUUCUGUGUGUUGAGAGUCUGACUGGACGCUGUUACUGGGAGGCUGAAUGGAAGAGACGUGCGGAGAUAUCAGUGUCAUAUAAAGGAAUCGACAGGAAAGGAGGGAGUGACUGUGAAUUUGGAUUCAAUGAGAAAUCCUGGAGUCUGGUCUGCUCUGAUAAAAAAUUCUCCGUCUGCCACAAUAAGAACAGCACUGAUAUACCUGCAGUCUGUUCAUCCUUUAAGAGAGCAGGAGUGUAUCUGGACUGGUCAGCCGGCUCGCUGUCCUUCUACAGCGUCUCUGACACACACACACUCACACACUUACACACACUCAACACCACGUUCACUGAACCCCUCUGUGCUGGAUUUAGAGUUGAUAAUGAUUCCUCAGUGUCUCUGUGUGAUAUUAAAUGAUAGAGAGACUCUGUAAAUCCUCUUUCCGAUCUUCACAUGCACACAAACUCAAAUCAAAUUGAUUUCACGUGGAAACGCAUUUGUGGCAUCUUCUCCUGAUAGCACAGAAAAUAACUCAAUUUACACUUUCAGUUUUAAUCGUACAGAUAAGACUAAUACAUCAAUCGCAUCUGUAAAGGGUCUACUUUUAUUUGUGUACAUGCAUAAUAACAAUAAAACUUUGUGCAAUUAUAAAAUAAAGAUAACAAACAAGGUGCGCUGAUCUUCAUUUACAAACGCAUCAUUAAAAUGAACUGUAACUCAGUGAAUACUCAACGAAGUGACAUGAGAGAUAUAUCUAUAGAAAGCUUGACAUAUCUACUUUUAAACUAAACAAGUGCUGCCGAAAACAGAUAUUCUGUUAAAGUAAUCCAUAUAAAAACAAUGAGAUUUUCAUUGUUCAAACAACCACACUAUAAUGAUAAAAAAUUAUUUUUAUUUUAAUCUCUGUAAAUCAUUUCCCCUUUCUCAACUUGAGCCGAUCGCAGGAGCUUGUCUUUGUGACAUCAUACACACAGGCCUCUCCCACAAUAGUUUGAUUGACAGUAGUGUUUCAACACACAAUGGACUGGCAUAUGGCAAGUUAAUUGUGCCAUGGAUAAUCUACCGAAGGAGACAGCUGUGUACUUUCACGUGAGAGAAGGGGUAAAUCACCUCAACAGACGCAUGACACCAAUGUCAUGGAUAAGUACGUCUCUGCAUUACACGUAUCAUCUAAAUAAUACAUCAGCAGAGCUGUAAUUUUGCCAAUUAUACAGUAAUAAAAAUGAAAGAUGAACACGUU